AUGGCAACCCUCCCAGAAGAAAUCAUGUUUAUCUGGCGUCGUCCAAAAUCAAAGUCUGCAGUGUUAUUUCUCGUCAAUCGCUAUGUCGCCGUGCUCGUUAAUACCCUUGUCCUAAUGAGCACUUUCCUACCCGUUUCAACUGAGAGGUUUCAACUUUGCUUCUUCAAUAUCUACUAUUUUACUCAUCAAAGACUUAGCUGUCGGAAUUAUGUGAUGGUCAUACACGUGUUACGUGUUUUCCAACAAGUCUUCAUUUGCCUCACAUUGACUCUUCGCACUUAUGCUCUCUACGGCCGCAGUAGGCGCCUGCUUAAAUGGAUGCUAAUCUUGGGCGCUGUUUUUAUAGCAACAUCGGUGGUGGGAGCUUUUAGACAUAAUUUAACAGAGAGUGCGAUCGACAACGGCCACUGCCAUGAAAUAUACACAACACCAACACCUUUGCAUCAUGGGACGACAUGGGUGACAAUGUUUAUCUACGAAUUAAUCAUCUUUGUCCUCACAGUCUUCGGGACUUGGAAAGCUAGGGGAUCGCCGCAGUUCUCCCUCGUAUCCAGGAGAGAUAUCCUUGAUGUCAUAUUCCAAGAUGGUGUGAUGUACUUUGCAGGGAUGGCAUUAGUCAAUUUACCCAACAUUCUGACGUACUUCUGCGGUCCAGAUAUCGCCAGAGGCAGCCUGAACGAAUUUACUACAUGCGUGUCUGUCACUCUCAUCUCUCGCCUAAUGCUCAACCUGCACGGAUGUGUUGACACUGGCAUUCUUUCUACCCUUGCUGAGGCCAGCUCCCAUGUCCUUACCGAGGUCGACGUAGAGUUCGCGGAUUCAUCCUACGAUCCGUAG